AAGUUUGGUUUCGACCCAUCCAUGCGAUUGAUGAUGAAUUCUCUCACUGAUCAAUCAGGCAGCUCUCGUGGAGACUCCACUCCUCGUAGUCCCUUCUCUCCAUCUUCUCCUUAUGAAAGGCGCAAAGCUUAUGCGGCGGAUUCCAAGUUUCAACGUCCCCAAGCCACUUCUUCUUCUUCCCCACUGGAUCCAUCAUCCCCUGCAUCAAUGCUCCAUGGAGGCCACAAGUUCCACGAGACUUUCCAAAUGAAACAAGGCCGUUUUGAUCUCCAAGCCGCAAAGAUCUCGGAGAUGAUGAAAUCUAAUAAUUUAGAUAAUGCUCCCACGCAGUCACUUUUAAGUAUUGCAACUGGAAUCCUUGAUGACAGUAUUGAGAGAAACAAUGGUGAAGUCCCUCAGCGUGUAGCAUGUCUGCUGAGAAAAGUCGUGCUGGAAAUUGAGCGACGUAUUUCAACUCAAUCUGAGCAUCUAAGAACGCAAAACAGUGUGUUUAAAGCUCGUGAGGAGAAGUAUCAAUCGAGGAUCAAAGUUCUUGAAACCUUAGCUUCAGGAACUAGUGAAGAAAAUGAGAUUGCUACGAAACAACUUCGACGGAUAAAGACAGAAAAGUCCAAGCUGGAAGAAAAGAAGAAAAACAAAGAGGAGGAUAUGGUUAGGCUAGAGAAGGCAAAUGUAGAAUAUAAUCAUGAAAUUUCCACUUUAAGGCGAGAACUGGAGACAGCCAAGAAAGCGUAUGAACAACAAUGCUUGCAAAUGGAAAGCCAUACAAAGCUGGAAGAAAAGAAGAAAAACAAAGAGCAGGAUAUAGUUAGGCUAGAGAAGGCGAAUGGUGAAUAUAAUCUUGAAAUUUCCACUUUAAGGCGAGAACUAGAGACAACCAAGAAAGCAUAUGAACAACAAUGCUUGCGGAUGGAAAGCCAGACACAGGUCGCCACAACGGGUAUUGAGGACAGGGUGAAGGAGCUUGAACAAAUGACAAAAGAUGCAAGCGUUUCAAAAAUUGCCCUUGAGGAGAGGAUUAAGGAGCUUGAAAAGAUUGGAAAAGAAGCAAAUGCUGCUAAGACUGCUCUUGAGGAAAAGGUAAAAGAGCUUGAACAAUUCAAAUUAGAGAUAGUGACUGUUAACACAAGCCUUGAAGCCAAGAACCAAGAUCUUGAAAAAAUGGGGAAAGAAGCAUAUGCUGCCAAAACGACCCUUGAGGAAACGGUGAAGGAGCUUCAACAAUUCAAAAAAGAGACAGUGGCUGUUAAUACAAGCCUAGAAGCCAAAAACCGAGAGCUUGAAAAGAUGGGGAAAGAAGCAAUUUCUGCUAAAACGAUUCUUGAGGAAAAGGUGAAGGAGCUGCAACAAUUUAGAAUAGAGACAAUAACUGUUAAUACAAGCCUUGAAGCAAAGAAUCGAGAGCUUGAACAUAAUCUAGCCCAGUGGAAGAGUAAAGCCAAAGAAAUGGAAGAAAAUUUAGACUUGAAGAGUCGGAGUUGGAGUCAGAAAGAACUUUCAUAUAGAAGAUUUAUCAACUUCCAGUUCCAAGCACUUCAGGAGUUGAGGCUCUAUUCUAAGUCAAUUAAACAAGAAAUAUUAAAAGUUCAAGACAGCUAUAAAGGAGAGUUUAGUCAAUUAGGGAAGAAGUUACUUGAACUUGGAGAAGCUGCCGAAAACUAUCACGCUGUCCUAGCUGAAAACCAAAAGCUCUUCAAUGAACUUCAGGAGCUAAAAGGAAACAUUAGAGUGUAUUGUCGGGUAAGGCCUUUCUUGCCAGGGCAAGGUGCAUCAAACACUGUGGUGGAACACAUUGGUGAGCAUGGGGAGUUGGUAGUUCUCAAUCCCACAAAACCUGGGAAAGAUGGUCUUCGUAAAUUUAGGUUCAAUAAGGUCUACAGUCCAGCCUCUACUCAAGCUGAGGUAUUUUCGGAUAUAAAACCGCUUGUUCGAUCGGUUCUGGAUGGUUACAAUGUUUGUAUCUUUGCCUAUGGUCAGACAGGAUCAGGCAAAACUUACACAAUGACCGGUCCAGAUGGAGCAAGUGAGGAAGAAUGGGGAGUAAACUAUCGUGCUCUAAAUGACCUCUUUAAAAUCUCUCAGUCUCGAAAAAGCAACAUAGCCUAUGAAGUCGGGGUGCAGAUGGUGGAGAUAUACAAUGAACAAGUACGCGAUUUACUCUCUGGUGACAGUUCUCAAAAGAGUUUAGGUAUUCUCUCUACAACCCAACAAAACGGUCUUGCUGUACCUGAUGCAAGCAUGUAUCCCGUGACAUCGACUUCAGAUGUUCUUGAACUAAUGAACAUCGGGCUAAAUAACCGAGUCGUUAGCUCAACAGCCUUGAAUGAAAGAAGUAGCCGAUCUCAUAGUAUCGUCACUGUUCAUGUUCGUGGGAAGGACUUGAAGACCGGUUCUGCCUUGUACGGGAAUCUACAUUUGGUAGAUCUGGCGGGUAGUGAGAGAGUUGAUCGCUCUGAAGUUACAGGAGAUAGGCUUAAAGAAGCACAACAUAUAAACAAGUCACUUUCAGCUCUAGGAGAUGUUAUAUUCUCUCUUGCUUCAAAGAGUUCUCAUGUACCAUAUAGAAACAGCAAAUUAACUCAGCUUCUCCAAAGCUCUCUAGGUGGGCGAGCAAAGACAUUGAUGUUUGUGCAACUCAAUCCUGAUGUUAUUUCAUAUUCAGAGUCGAUGAGUACUUUGAAAUUCGCAGAGCGUGUCUCUGGAGUUGAGUUAGGUGCUGCAAAGAGCAGUAAAGAUGGUAGAGAUGUUAGAGACUUAAUGGAGCAGUUAGGGUCCCUUAAGGACACAAUAGCAAGAAAAGACGACGAGAUAGAGAGGCUACAUUUGCUUAAGGACAUUAAUUACCCACAGAGACUGCAGAGAAAGAGCUUAGGAAAUUCCGAUGAGUUCUACUCAGAAGAGUCACAGUUAUCUAUAGAAGAAGAUUCAAGAUCCCAACAUGAUCAUCUCAGACAAUCACGACACUCAAUCACGGACGGGGAGGCCUUAGCUUCCUCUAUUGGUUCAGAGUAUGAAGAGAGGCUUGAUGAUGAAACAGAAGGGUCCAUCGAUGCUCCUCGUGCAGCAGAAGGAAGAAAACCAUUGAAGAUGUCAGACAAAACGUCUAAGCCAGUGACGCCAAGGGCUUCUACCAAGACAACACGGCCACUUGAUAAACUUAAGGUCGCUACGAGGGCUGUAAAGGCCGCGUCAGGUUUGAUGUCACCAAGUAAGCCCACAUCAGGUUUGAUGUCACCAAGCAAGCCUACAUCAGGUUUGAUGUCACCAAGUAAGCCCACAUCAAGUUUGAUGUCACCAAGCAUAAAGAAGACAGGAAGUGCUUCUAAUUUGGUCAAGUCACCAAAACGGUGGUCGUAAAGAAAAAAACUCUUUUGGUCCUUAGCCGGUUUAUUUUUUAAAAACAAAUACUUUAUAUUUUUCUCUUUCACUCUCUAUUGAAUCCAUUGGCUUCAACUGAGACUUAAUUUUGUAGUUUCAUUUGGUUUAAAUAUGUACAAAAUUUGUAAAUAUACGAAUCUCAUUAUUCUCACCAAAUAUUUCUUAUAUUUACAAUAAAUGUUUCAUCACAUAUAA